AUGAGUGGAAGCGGAGGCGGCAAGCUGAUUGAUCCGAGCCCGAAGCUGGAGCUUAAGCUGAACCUCUCGCCGCCCAAGAGCCGGUCAUCUUCUUCGUCGUUGGCAUCACAUAUGAGCGGCAGUAACUCGUGCCUCUCGUCUUCAGAGCAGCCAGAGGAAGCAUUAUCAGUCCCUGCCGAUCAUACUAACGACGUAUAUAAUAAUGAUGGCCAUGAUGAACGCUAUCAUGGCAGCGGCGGCACCUGGACGGAAGGAGCCUCCGGGGGAGGGGGGACGACAGUGACGAUGAGGCUGCUGGGGUGCCCGCGUUGUCUGAUGUACGUGAUGUUGGCUGCUGACGAGGACGGCCCGAGGUGCCCCAAGUGCAGGAGCUCCGUCCUCCUCGACUUCCUUAAUCAACACAGGACGUCCAUUUAA